AUGGAUUUGUCAAUAGCCAUUGUGAUUCUUCUAUUUAUCCAUAAAACUCCAUCUGUUAUUACCAUUCUUCUAGUAUAUGUGGAUGCUAUCAUAUUAAUAGGCAAUUCAAAUGAACAUAUCCAACAGCUUGUCUCUCACAUGCACUUAGCUUUCUCUAUGAAAGAGCUUGGUACACUAUCCUAUUUUCUAGGCAUAUCUGUUCAGCCUUGUGCCAAAGGUUAUUUUUUGUCUCAAGCUAAGUAUGCCAAGGAGAUUCUCCAUAAAGCUGGUCUUUCUGAAUGUAAACCCUGUUGUUCUCCAUCUGUGGUCAAGGCAUCCAUUUCUUCUUCUGAUUCUUCUGCUCCUUUUGCUUUUCCUGCUCUCUUUCGUAGCAUUGUGGGAGCACUUCAAUAUCUCACUAUUACUCGCCUUGACACUUUCUCUGUUAAUCAAGCGUGUCAAUAUAUGCAUGCCCCUACAGUUGCAGAUUUUGCUCCAGUCAAGAGAUUGCUCCGAGAUCUUAAGGGCACUUUAGAUCAUGGAUUGGGUUAUCAACCUUCUUCUUUUGCUCUCAAUGCUUUCCCUAACUCUGAUUGGGCUUGUAACUGUCAUGAUUGCAAGUCUUCUUCUGGAUACUGUGUUUUCCUUGAACUGAGCUGGUUGCAAAUGGUGCUUCAUGAUUUGCAUAUUUUCGUUCCUAGCACUCCUGUUUUGUGGUGUGAUAAUACUUCAGCAAUUGCUCUAGCCACUAAUCCUGUUUUUCAUGCAAGAUCCAAACACAUCGAGGUGGAUUGUCAUUAUGUUCGUGAUAGAGUUUCUGCUAAGGCUGUUACUCUGCAAUAUGUUCUAACUUUUGAUCAACUGGCUGAUGUUUUUACUAAACCAUUACCUAUUUCAAGGUUUCUUUAUUUGAAGGGCAAACUUUUGGCCGUUCCGCCUCCCAUUCGUUUGAGGGGGGAUGAUAAGAGUAAUGAGAACACGGGUCCACCUAAGCCACAACCACAACAGAACAUAGCUCACCUCACCAUAGUUAGUGAGAAUACGAUUCUGAAUCUCUUCACCGUCAAUGCCACCCACGUACCACCAACUCCGAGCAACACCAGAUCCCGCCAUGCUGCAGCUGGACACCACCCAAUCCUCGUCGAAUGA